AUGAGGCCCCUGAGAAAAGCAGGAGGACGGCCCCCACCACCCACACGGUCCAGAGGGGGGCGGAGAAAAGCAGGGACAAGACCUGCCCCUGAGGGGGACAAGAAAGUGAAAUAUGAUGGACAGACACAGACCACACCCACCGUACAGUCUCUCAGGAAACAGGCUCCACCCAGGGCUAAUCGAGGUCAAGAGAAGGAGGUACCGUCUCCUGUCACAACUCACAACACCUCGCAACAGCAGCAGGCAGAACAGGAAGGAGGUGAGGUGGAGGGCUCAGGCAGGGGGAGGGAAGGGAGGCGGGAAGGACAUGACAGCGAGGCUGUUACCCCUAACCCCGCCUCUUUGUCACCCCUGGAUACGGCUGUGAAGCGCUCGGCUGACGUGGAGAUGCUGGAUCGAUCCAAGUACCGCCUCUUUGAUGCACCCAACCAGACAGCUCCACACAGUCUCCAGACGGACGGCCCCACAGUGCAAUCCCACAGGGCAGAGGGAGUGGCCAAGCAGCUGGAGCAGCAGAGGGUGCUGGUUCGAGGCCUGAGGACAGAGAGGGGGGCGGAGGGAGGGGGCGAAGAGGCAGUGACUGUGUUUCUCUGUGGUGUGGUGCGCAGUGUGUGUGGGGACCGAGUGAAUGUUGGUCUGUGGAUAAACGGAGAGGAGCGUGUGGUCGUUUACCCUCUGCACACACACCCGUACAAUACACACCUGGUCCUGGACGUCCCACCGCCCGGCACAGAGCCGGUGCCCGUGGGCACACGAGUGUGUGUGCCGUCUGAGGGGGUAGAGAGUGGACCUGGUUGUUACAGGGAGGGGGUGGUGACACAAGUGAGCCCUCACGCCUCCUCAUACAGAAUUGUCCUAAAUGAGGAGGCGCGGGGAGGAGGUACUCCAGUGCUGUGGGUUUCCAGACAAAAAUUGCGCCUCCUCGUCCCACCCUGGGAGCGGGAAGGCAGAGAGAGGGAUGAGACAGAACAGAGGGAAGACAUGGAGGUGGAGAGGGAGGUGUGUCAACUCAGCAGGGGGAUGGUGCUAGGAGCAUCAGGGCAUCAUCACAACGGAAACACGCCUCCUCCCUCCUCUACAGCUGCAGAAAGGGAGAGAGAGAGAGAGCGGGAGAGGAGGCAACUGCAGACUCCAGAGGAGGACAGGGAGGUGUGUAGACUCAGUGAGGGCGGAGCUUCCCAAUACCGACACCUCUCUAAACCGUCUGACUCUGCUCCACCUGCCCUCUCAUUGCAGGGUGGUAGUGCCUUGCCUCUCCUCCUUCCUGUUCAUAUGCCCCGCCCACAGGCUGGCCCCUCCCCCGUCAGCAGUGUACGCACCCACACUACCUCCGUCCCCCCCUCUCCCAGCUCUAGGGGGAGCUCUUGCACCCCUGCAGCCAAAACGCCCACUCCAUCCUCUCAUAACUCCACUCCUAAUCCCGGGAGCUCCACCCCUUCCUCCCGCUCAGCCACGCCCCUGUCUGCGGCUCAGCAGAAAUUCCGUAAGGGCGACGUCGUGAGCACACCGAAUGGGAUACGGAAGAAGUUUAACGGUAAACAGUGGCGUCGCCUGUGCUCGCGCGACAGCUGCAUGAAAGAGUCACAGCGCCGCGGCUACUGCUCCCGACAUCUCUCCCUCCGCAACAAAGAGAUGGAGGGAGGAGAAAGAGAGAGGGAGAAAGAAGGAGGCAGCUCAGGCACGGCGACCCCCGACCUGAGCGUUCGCAGGAGCAGUGAGUUUGAGUGGGAGGACACUUCGCGAGACAGCAGUGAGAGUGGCAGUCGUGGGGAGUCUCGUUCGCGAUUGGCCGUGUUUCUGCCGCAGGACUUCUCACGUUUCGACUUUGACGAAUGUGAAGCUGCGACCAUGCUUGUGUCAUUGGGCGGGUCCCGCUCAGCCACACCCUCUUUCUCUCCUGUGUCCAAUAAUCAGUCGCCUUUCUCUCCUGCCCCGUCCCCCGCUCCCUCGCCACUAUUUGGGUUCCGGCCAGCCAACUUUAGCCCGGUGACGGCCACGCCCGCUCUGCAGCCCCGGAGACAGCGUCAACCCAGUGGUACAAACACGCUCUCCCGGUCCACACCCAAACUAGUAACGCCCAAACCUGAGCAAAACCGAGUCACCAGUCUGACUUUCACCAUACCCUUAAGUCCAAGCAAACCCUGCCCAGACCUGUCCCCUGCCACGCCCGCUGUGCCCCACGAUCGGUCCAAACCUGACCAGCAGCGUGUUGACAUGCCCUUACGGGUUCUGUCACCUCACACUCCACGCUUCUCACGCCCCAGAGGAUUAGCCACGCCCAAUAGCCGACCUCCCUCAUCCACCCCUGCCUCCCCCCCACCCCUUGAUCCCGACCAGCAGCGUGGAAUUCCUGUCUCCCAGCAGAACUUGAGGGACUCUCCUGUAAUUGUACGGAAUCCUGAAAUCCCGCUGGCAAAAUUUACAGAACACCCCCUUGGCGGAGUCACAGCUGUGGGAGUAGCCAGUUCUUUUACAGCCAGACACCAAGCUGGAGUCCAGUCAGGGGUGGGUCUACAGGUACCUGUGCCAGUCAGUGUGUCUGGUGCCACUGGAGGGACGGCCCUUCUUCGGGGCCACGCCUCCACACUUGUCCUGGUGUCCUCUACAUCCACUCUACCAAACUCCACCCCCACGAGCAUCUCCACCCAAUCAAGCGCUGCUUUAGCCUGCAUCUCAGUGCCCAGCCCUGCCCCUGGGUGUGAUCUGACUGGUUCAAGAAGUGCACCUGAUAGGGAGGCGGGAUUUGGAGGCGUGUUACAACAGCCAGUGGCCUGUCACCCCGCCCCCACAGCCCUGUUACCACUCCUCCUCCCCACAGAGACGCUCCACCCAACACCAUGCAAAGAUAUCAUCAUGGGUAGACCUGGUACAGUUUGGACGAAUGUUGAGCCCCGGUCUGUUCCUGUGUUCCCAUGGCAUUCAUUGGUCCCCUUCCUGGCACCCACCCAGUCAGAUCCAUUGGCACAGCCUGGGGAGGGCCAACAGCCUGUCAAUCAUCCUCAGUCAGCCAGUCUGAAGAAAGAGUCUCAGAGCAGUCCAGCAGUACUAAAGGAGGUGAUUGAGGGCGGGCCUAACCCUGAGAGAGGCCCCGCCCAACGACCUGCCCCUCCCAUAGCCCCUCCCACAGUGGAACCGCCCACGGAGAGAGAGAAGGAGAGAGAGACGGAACGAGAGCGAGCAGACAGUGAAACAGAGAGCGAUGUGGAUGAUCCAUUUUUCCCAGGCGUGGUUCCUGAUCCUCCGAUUUCCGCCUCUCCUGGGAAGAGGAGAACUCAGUCACUCAGUGCUCUUCCUAAAGACACAGACAAGAGCAGCCCAGGAAAGAGAGAGAAGGAUCACAUCCGGAGGCCGAUGAAUGCCUUCAUGAUUUUCAGUAAGCGUCAUCGUGCCCUAGUGCAUCAGCGCCACCCGAACCAGGACAACCGCACAGUCAGUAAGAUACUGGGAGAGUGGUGGUACGCGCUGGGCCCCAAAGAGAAACAGAAAUACCACGAUCUCGCUUUCCAGGUGAAGGAGGCCCAUUUUAAAGCACACCCAGACUGGAAGUGGUGUAAUAAGGACAGGAAAAAGUCCAGUAGUGAAGGUCGCGGUGUCACAGGCGGGAAGGACAUCCGAGAGAGGAGCAUGUCUGAGACCACAGAGCCACCGUCUGUAUCUCUCGGGGCAGAGCUGAAAGGGGUGGGAUCUGGUUUGGUGGGCGUGUCUGAGCGAAGUGGAGGGGAGGGCCAUAGUGCACAGUUGCCCCGCCCCAGGGCGUUUUCCCAGAGUGCCAUGCACAGUCUGGAGAGGACCGAGAGAGGAAACGCUCAGAGUCUGGUGGAGCUGGCGCAGAUGUGUGGAGAGGGAGGGGUCCAGUUUUCGGGGCGUGUGCCCCUCUCUCAGUCCCAGAGGGGGGUGAGUGAAGACAUGACAAGUGAUGAAGAGCGCAUGGUUAUCUGUGAGGAAGAGGGAGAUGAUGAUGUCAUUGAGGAUCCUUACCCGGCCAGCUCUAUAGAUCUGAAGUGUAAAGAGAGAGUGACAGACAGCGACAGUGACCAGGGCUCAGGAGACGAGGGAGAACGCAAGAGAGUCUUCACUCCUGUGGUUUGUUCCUCGUCGUCUGGCCCCACCCAUGGCAGGAGCGUCUCUCUCACCUCCUUCCCCUCCUCCAGACGGUACGGCGACGCCUCCCCCAGUGUGGAGCGGAAGCGGAAACGAGGGAUAGAGGGGGGAGGGGGUGGAGGAGAGGGAGAACAGAGGGAUGGCUUUGGAGGUGAAGUGGGUUCGUCUCCAUCACAUUCUGUACUGGUCAGUUCUGCUCUGAGCGCUGGGAGGGUGGCGUCCACGGUGGUGACUAAUGUGCUACGUCCUGUCGUCAGCACGCCGGUCCCCAUCGCCAGCAAACCACGUGACCCAGGCUCCACCCACAGUCCCCUCCCACACGAUCGGAAGGCUGCCCCUCCUCAGACGCAGAUCCUGAUUGGACCCGGGGCCCCGGGCGGGGCAUCAGGAGGGGGCGGGUACUAUUCGUCGUCGCCCAAUCCUGUAGCUGCGGCGGGGACGGCGGGGGUGGGACAAACCGGAGUGGUGACCAAUUUGGUUUUGGGAAGCACCUUCCCAGCUCCACCCACUGUCCAGCUAAUCACGCCCCCUUCCGCCCAGAGUCCUGCCCAAAACUCCGCCUCUGCGCCACACCCCGCCCAGAGUAACGGCCCUUUGCCACUCCCUCUUCUGCCACCUCACUUCCUGCCUGCGCCUGCGAUAGCGCCCCCCGCUGCCGGGAAAGCCAUUACACAGGUCCAGUACAUCCUGCCCACUCUCUCCGCCCCCAACACUAAAAACCCCGCCCCUCAGCAGUCCACUCAGCCAACCAGCAUUUUCACCUUGCCCACAGCACCUCCCACACAUGUCUCACUGGCCAAUGGAAAGCAGCCAGGAUACGCUACCAGUUCAGUGGGUGUGGUCAGCCCAGGGGCCAGAGCAGUAACACAGUCUCCAGUCCUGCCAGGGAAGAUGGUGGUUCCCAUGGCAACUGUCAGGACAGCUUCUGCUCCCUCUCAGCCCUUUCCUCUCGUGACUCCUCCUCUUCCUGUCCAGAACGGGGCUCAGGCGGGAAGCAAGAUUAUUCAGCUCGCCCCUGUACCCGUUGUCCAGUCGCAGAUCCCGCCCACUGCCGCAGUGCAUCCUGGGAGUCCUUUCCCGGUUACCAUGGCAACAGCUGCAGUGGUCACCCCAGGUUCCACCCCCUCACAAACAGUGCUGCUGCCCCCUCCACCCACAAGAAUCACAUAUGUGCAGUCCACUCCUGGAGUCCCCCCCUCUCUGCCGCUGGUAUCCACGACAACAGGCUCUACCUCACAGCCGGUGCCCCCCACAGCCGCGUCUGCAUAUGUCCCAUCGCCGUUGGCAACCCUUACGGCGAUUGCCCACCCAGGCCAGACGCUGGUCCAGCCCCUGAUCACAGGUCAGACCACUUCAGUCUCUGUGCCAGCCUCAGGAACAGGGGGCAACAUCGUCACAGCCAUCUACCCGCCCACCACCGUCACCCUGACGACCGGGGUCGUCUCCAUGGCCACGGUGCCACCCAGCGUGGUCUACACGGUAUCCAGCCCCGGCAGUUUAUCGCCACAUUUGCUCCCCAAACACACGCUCGGCACCACGACCAGCUCCGCCCCGACGCCCCCCGGUGCCGCCGACCCCCAGGGGCCGCAGGACAGGGCCACGGAGAGAGCGGCCGAGGUCUAUUCCCAGGCUGUGCCAGUAUCUCAUUCAGUCAGUAAAACCAGUGGCAGCUCAGCUACUCCCCCUGCAGGCCAAACAGUGGUGCUGCAGGCUGCUGUUAUGCCCACGCCUGCACCCACAGGCACGGCGCAGGGCACUCCCAAACCCCCCGCUGUUGCUGCCAGGACCCCUCAGAAGGUGAAGGCGGCUGUGGCCAGUAUCCCUGUGGGCAGUUACGACGGCGGAGGGCGGGGCAAGGACAGAGAGAAAGAGAAGGAGCGAGAGAAAGAACGAGAGAGCAGUGGGCGUUUUUCAGCGGAGGAGGAGCGUUCUGUUGAGACAGGCACCUCCAUGGGCCACCCCACGGAAGAGGGCUCCUCAGACGGGGGAGCAGACGUACAUGGUGAUGGAGAGAACUCCGCCAGCGUUACCAACACUGCCCGCACCAAAGAUCCCAAAGAGGCCAGCUGGAAAGACUCACACCCCUCCUCUCCCUUGGCCACGCCCUCAGGGGCAGACCUUGCCCUUCCUCCUCCCCAAAGUGACAAAGAAGUCCCACCCACCAAAAAAGUCAAGGCCCGCCCCCCUCCGUUGAAGAAAACGUUUGAUUCGGUGGAUAAGGUCCUGUCAGAGGUGUAUUUUGAAGAGCGGUUUGCUGAAUUGCCCGAGUUUCGACCAGAGGAGGUGCUGCCCUCCCCCACCCUGCAGAGUCUGGCCACCUCCCCACGCGCUAUACUGGGCAGCUACCGCAGGAAACGCAAAAACUCCACCGAUCUGGACUCAUCCACAGAAGAUCCAGUUUCUCCAAAGAGGAAAAACAGACGCAGGUCAAGCUGCAGUUCAGAACCAAACACUCCCAAGAGUGCCGCCAAGUGUGAGGGAGACAUCUUCACCUUCGACAGGCCAGGGACAGAUGGAGAGGACAUUCUGGGAGAACUGGAGUUUGAGAAGGUUCCGUACUCAUCUCUGCGUCGGACGCUGGACCAGCGCAGAGCCCUCGUCAUGCAGCUGUUUCAGGACCACGGCUUUUUCCCCUCAGCUCAGGCUACUGCGGCCUUCCAGGCUCGGUACGCUGAGAUUUUUCCCACUAAAGUCUGUCUGCAGCUAAAGAUUCGGGAAGUUCGGCAAAAGAUUAUGCAAACUGCCACACCCACUGAAACCGCCACCCAGGGGAGUGUCUUAGGCGCCUCAGACUCCGCCUCUCUUCCCGGACCCUCUGGGGCACAGGCCAGUGAGGGUGGCGCAGGGGCGGAGCCACUGGACAGAGAGGCGGAGCGAGAAGGAGAGGCGAGUGAGGACGAGCCCAGGACUGCUGCUGAUACACUGGACACCACCAGAUGAGUUUGACUGACAGGCUGAGAGGCGGAUCCAGUAACCGAGUCCCGCCCCCAACAUCUGUGUACGCCACAUCUUGACCCUCUUUUUACUGGUAACCAGUACAGGGAGGAGGAGCAGCUGUGUCUGUCGGAUGUGUGCUGGGGGUUUGACUCCAGAUAAGACUUUUACAAAGACUUUUACAAAGGCCUGACAGCCGUCAUAUUUACACACACACACACACACACACACGUCGCUGUCUGUCGUCUGAUGUAGGUGGUUCUAUACACCCACAUAUGAACUGGGUGACACUGGCUUUAAUUUAUCUACACACACACACACACACACACACACUCAUGGACUUUGGCACUUUGGCACUGGAGGACUUUGAUAGCGUGGUGUCUGUGUCAGAGGGCGGGGCUUCCAGAUCAGGCCACCCAAUCUGCAUGGAAUCUGUGUCAGAGGGCGGGGCUUCCAGAUCAGGCCACCCAAUCUGCAUGAAGAGUCAGUCUUCUUGUUUUUGUUUUGUGUGUGUGUGUUUUUUUUUAAACAUGGCCAAAAGAGAGGUUUUCAGUGGCUGCUGUUCCUUUUUAAUAUUGUUGGCUCAUCUGUCAUUGGCUCAUGGCUUUAUCCCAGUCAUUGUGAGGCUGGCCUCCAUUGGUUGGAUCUCAGUGAUGCUGAUGAGGAUCCCGCCCCCCCUGAGGGGACGGCUGUGUCUGUGUUUAUACUUUGCUUUUUUAAAGGCAGACUUAAAGGCUGUGCUCGGGUGUGUGUACGUGUGUGGUGUGUGUGUGUGUGUGUGUGUGUGUGUCUGAGCUCACAGCUGAACUCUUUGGCAGCAUGGAAGGCGGACGCUCUUCCCAUGAUUGGCUCCCGCAGAUGCCAGUCAGACAUUGAUUGGCUUGCCAUGAUGGAAGGCGGGCACAGGAAGGGAACAUCUGCGGGCACAUUCCGGCCCGUGAUUGGGCAGAAGUCUUUGGUCACGUCUGAGGAGGAAGCACGGAGUUGAUGGUGGUGUUUAAUCUCUGGAGACCUGGUCUUGGGUCUUUGUUUCUUUCUGAAUGUGGACACAGCAACAAGAGGAACCCUGUUGAAUGUUCACGCUCUUCUCCAUCUUCAAAAAAAGACUUUUCUUCACUUUUUCAAUACAAAACAAGAUAAAAAAAAACCCUUUUAAAACACGCAUACAAAGUUUUCCAGUUCCGUUGUCCGACUGGAUGUGAUAUUUGUAAUUAUUGAUCAUUUGGUUUUGAAGUCUGAUCCUUUACUGUACUGUAGUCCUCCACCGUGAGGCU